UACAAAAUAAUUGUUUUCAUCGCGAACUGCCAGUGCGCUGUGCAAGUGAUGCACAAAACUGGUUAAAUAAAGCACAAAACGAACGGGUAUAAGCGGCAAGGUGGGCGCAUCGAGACAAAGAGGGCGUGGCGAAUCGGCGAAUAUAGCACCAACCAAUCCCUAGAAGGUGCGACGUACGCGUAAUAUGCAAAAAUCGCUACCAUGAAAAAGGCCAAGGGAUCAAGCUCCCUUGGAACGAAGGGAUCAUCAUCCCGGAGACUAUCUUCUUCGGCUGUGGUGGUGUCCAAGGAGUCCGGGGGAUCUGCAGAGUCGGCAGCGCUGAAGCAGGACGGCAAGGAGCAGCUGCCGGAGCGGAAGGACUCGCUGGCAGCCAAGGAAUCUAUGAAAAUAGAUCCCUCGAGCAAUCAGCCAUUGAAGAAGGUUGAGCCAUUGAAAGAUGAACUUAACCAAGCCGAGUGCACUGCCAUCUCAUCCAUCCCAGCAAUUGAGAAGCUACGCCGCUUCUGCUUUAUUGGCUCCACGGACGAGCCCGUCUACGCCACGCCCGCACUGGACCUUGCUGUCGAGAACAACUUCGCAUCGCUGAAGGAACUCUGCGCCCAAGUGAGCGAAGCCGAGAUGGCCGAGUGCUUGGCGAGUGUUUUGGGCAGCGGACCGAAUGCGGAGCACCUUCCCCGACCUGACGAGCCGCUCCUCAUCCUGGCUGUUUUCCUUACCACGUGCGACGACGAGAAGGAACGAAAGUUGGUGCGCAAUAGAUUCGCCGACCUGAUCACCAGCGAUUUGGAUCUCCUACUGUUCGUCCAGCUGGUCAAGCGAGUCCAGAAGGUGCUCGAACGUAAAACGCCCUUCAAUCGCACGGUGCGGAAGGCCGUCCUCGAAUGGUAUGGCAAGCAAUCGCUUGACCGCCUUCUCCACAUGUGGUCGGUGGGCGAUGGAAAUCGUUGGCCGUCGCAUCGCGAUCUGCUGCACCGCUGCCAUUAUCGGGAUGCCAAUUUUCGACCGGAAAUCAUUGCUGCCUUAAGGCUGCUCUCAUCUUCUCCAAAGGAGCUCUCGCAGUGGCCCGAUUUUUUAACGCCCUUGAACAGCUUUCGCGACAUCAUUGAGGGUGUAGUAAAGCUUCGACUUCUAACGGAUCCCGGACUAGCUCUUCCCAUUGUGAAGAAGUUGUCGCUGAGCUGGGAGCAUGUGCCAUUGCAGUUGCUUCACGUCCCCGGGCUGGCGAAGUUCCUUAUUCCAAGCAUGAGCUACGAGCAACUCCUUCAAAGUUGGCCACGCCUCUCGCGACUCCAUCACCAGGUGCGCCCCUUUGCUGAGCAAUUGCUGGACGAGAAGAAGCUUAAGGCGGGCAAUGUUCCACCCGUACGUCUGCUGCUGGAGGAUAUGCGUCUGAGGAAGCCCAAAAAGGUGUAUCCAACUUUGGUGCAAAAGGCGAGUUUCCUGCACAGCGUCUACGAGAUAUCCUUUGGCCAGAACAAGGCACUCGGUAGGCGACUGCACAUUACCCUUAAUCUGGAGAAGACCUAUCUGGGCAAAUACCUUUCCGGUCGAUGUCGUUCGCUCAAAUACUUAGAUGCCCUGGUGGCAUUGGCUUUUGGCUAUUUCCGCAGCGACCCCAAGGUGACGGUGGAGUUUUGGCACGAUCGCAGUGGCGAGUUGAAGACGCUGCCCUGGACAAAGGAGAUGACUGUUUCAGAGGCCGCGGCCUGUUGCGAAAAUCAGAAGGUGGGCAAAGUCAGGCAAUCGCUGAAUAGAAUUCUGGCCAGGGCGCUUUUGGAUGAGCAGAACACGUUUGACGUGUUUUUGGUGCUGGUGCCGGGUGCCGCGCGAGGAAAUCCGGAAAAUAAUUCGAAAAGCUUGGCUGCUCUAAUGGACAAGUAUCGCGAAAAGCGAAGCUCUAAUGCUAAAUUCAUUGUGGUGAGCCUGCGGCAGCAUCAACGCUCCAUGAUGUAUUCCGGCGGACGAAACGAGAACUUGUUAGAGUUGUGCAGCCUCGAUAAGCACACUCCGCGUUUGAUUAACGCAUUUGUCCGCAGGAAGUUCUACUAGACGGUGAGCCGCACUUCGAAUAACCGACGACCCAUUUAAUCGCACAGCUGCAGGCACAAAGCAGUUCCAUUUGUUGAAGGACGAUGGCCAUCGGUUAGUUGCCAUCGGCCAUCUCUCUCGCUUUCAUAGACGCUAGGGCGCUCGGUCCUCUCACUCCCGUUUCGAAUAGCUUUCGUGUAACAUAUAUAGAUAGGCCCUUGGUGCGUAAUCGUUGUAGAGCCAGGCCAACUCAAUGCUACAUUCAUACUUACGUAUUAAUAAUGAUAAUAUUUGCAUCCCGGAAUCCAGAAUUGCAAUCGGGUUAGUAAGAUAUUUUUAUCGCUCGUUUUGUGUAUUGACAUUUGUAUUCGUAUUUGUAAUUUGUACUAGAUUUGGUGGAUUAAUUUUUUGAAAUCAAACUGAAUCAACUGAACUGAACUCAAUCUAAAUUCAAUUUGGAUUUAAAACAAUCUCAAUGAAAUCGCAAGCGCAAACAACAAACAAAAAACAAAAACAAAAUACAGACAAAAACAACAAACAAAUUGCCUUACAAACAAAAAUGUUAGUAAAACUUUCAUUUUAGUUUAGACUUUUUCAAAAAUUGAAUACUGGAACUGAAACACAAUUUAUGGCAUUUAGAUAAAGUUAAAGUUAAAUGUAAACUAAUCGUAUGGCCUAUGUAUUGAAUAUUAAUCUAACGUAACUUUAAAAUAGUCCAAGUCAAAGCAAUAAUCACCAAUCACUAAGCAAAUCCAGUUAUAGCCUCAGAUCGAUUAUAAAUUUAUGUUGUGCUCGAAUAGAAUCGAAUUAAAUUAGCUAAAUAGUUGAAACGCGUACAAGGCAACAGAUUGAACGAAUAGAAAACAAAACUCCCAAUGUGCCAUACACAACCCACGACCCACAAAACACAUUCACCCCAUACACUUGACCAGUAUACAUAUUUAUGAGGAUUGUGCAAAAAUGCCGAACCGAAACCAUAUAGAGAACAAUAACGAAACGACGAGCAAACGCUACCAAUUUGACUAAAAUUAGUUAAGUGAAAUUAUACUCAAAUUACAAUUAAAUUACAUUUACUUGUAUAGAAAACAAAGCAACCAAUUUGGAAGAUAAGCAACCAAAAGCCAACUGAAAAUAGGACAAUUGAAAACGAAAAUUAACUAACCGGAAAUCGAAAGGACAAAAAAGAAAAUAGGAAAUAUUUCCACGGACAUUUCUAACCAAAUGUUUCCACACGCGUCUGUGAAGUAAACCGUUGUGAUCGCUUUAGAUUUUGAUUUAAACAAAAUAAAUACAAAUACAAAACUACAAACUACUAAAUACU